AUGGCGGCGAUGGGUUCUCGAUGCCAGCUCAGGCGCCUCGAGCUGGGAGUGGCCUGCCGCUGCCCGCUGCGACGGGUUGUGGGCAGCUGCACCGGCGAGGUACAGGGAAGCACGACGACGUUCGCUGUGGCUAGCGCGAGGUCGCAACAGGGAGCGGCUAGAGAGAGAGGCCGUGGCACUGUGGGUAGUACAGGCGGACAUCCUGCGACGCGGAGGCGGUCCUCGGCGAGCACAAUUCACCGUGGCAUUCGGCGUCUCCGAGAACAACCUCGACGUCACGGGCAUGGCAGCUUGCCUAUUAAUCAACCUAACGAAAAAGGAUGUGGUGCAGAGGCUGGUAACAAGCAGACGAGGACGCAGUCGUGUCCAUGA